AUGAAGUCAUUUUUUAUCCUCGACAAACUCGGCGAAAUCAUCAUUGAAAGACAUUUCUUAGGAAAUGUGAGCAGAAGUGUUGCGGAACAGUUCUAUACAGAGAUUAUGAAGGAACAACACAAAGGAGGAGUUUCUAAUGUUUCUCCAAUUAUUUCUACAUCUAAAUAUUAUGUGGUUCAUGUCUUUCGUAAUUCUUUAUAUUUUCUUGGUGUGGUGGAUAAGGAAUAUCAACCUUUGAUGAUUAUUGAAAUGUUGCAUCGUAUUGUUGAUACUUUGGAGAUUUAUAUUGAGAAGGUGAAUGAGCAGAAUUUAAAGAAUAACUUUGUAGUGGUCUAUCAGCUCCUUGAUGAAAUGGUGGAUGGAGGAUUUCCAAUCACUACAGAAAUUUCUCUCUUGAAAGAUCUUGUUCGACAACCAGCUUCCAUAGCCAAACAAUUAACAGCAGAGUUGGGAAAAGGAAACAGUGUUGGUAUUUCUGGGCAUAACAAGGCCCUCGUUCCAUGGCGUAAGGGAGGAAUCAAGUACAUGAACAAUGAAGUGUACUUUGAUGUUGUUGAAACUCUCAAUGUCAUUGUUGACGUGAAUGGUGGUUCUGCUGUUUCUGAAGUUUACGGAAUUAUCAAAUCAAGUUGUAAAUUAUCUGGAAUGCCUGAUUUGUUACUCCAAUUCAAUGAUCCUAAUAUUAUUGAGGACAUUUCAUUCCAUCCUUGUGUUCGUUAUGCUAGAUUUGAACAGGAUAAAUCCAUUUCAUUCAUUCCACCUGAUGGAGAUUAUGAAUUACUCUGCUACCGUAUGUCCAACUUGCCCAUGCUCCCUAUUUAUUGUCGACCUCAAAUUACAUUCUAUAGAGGAGGAGCAAAUGUGAACGUAAUGCUCAACUUGAGACAUACACACAACAAAUCAUUGGACAAUGUGAAAGUUUUAAUUCCAAUUCCUCCUACUGAUGCUCAACAAUUAACAACAUCAGUUGGCUCUAUUCACUAUGACGCAAAUUCACAAAGUUUGAUUUGGAAUAUUGGUAAAUUGAGCCCACAAACUCAACAAUCUAAGGCCCCAACACCUUCAUUGUCAGGAAAAGUUACAUUCCCACUAAUGUCAGGAAAAUCUGAACAUGAAAUUCAUUACUGCCCUGCCGUUCAGGUACAGUUUGAACUCGAUGGAGUCUCCAUGUCAGGAUUGAAAGUCGACAGUGUACAAUUGAGAAAUGAAAAUUAUAAGCCAUUUAAGGGUGUGAGAUAUUUGACGACUUCUGGAAGAUAUGAGAUUAGAACUGUUUAA